AUGGCAUCCACCAUACUCCGUCUUCCCUUUUUCAUUACACUACUCUCACUUCAUCUCCACACCAUCCUCUCUCAACCCAACAACACUUCGUGUAAUGGUGUCUUCUUAUCAUACACCCACACCGUAGGCUAUCCUAUCCCACCAACUGACCAAGCCAACCAACCUUACCGGUUCGAGUCUAGUGUGACCCUGCUCAACAAUGGCCUCGAUGAGCUCAAGUCGUGGAGAGUCUCCAUUGGGUUUCAACACAGAGAAAUGUUGGUCUCUCUAACUAAUGCUGUGUUGGCUGACGGAACAUCCCUGCCCGCCAACGUUGGAAACGAUACCGUAUUGACUGGGUUUCCGCAGACUGAUCUUAAAUCGGCGGUUGAGACUGCCGGGGAUAGGAACCAGAUGGAGGCUCGUGUACAGUUGGUGGGUACCCAGUUUGGAGUCGGAGCUCCGAAUGUUCCUUUGCCUGCUAGUUUUGGUCUUGCCAAUGAUGGGUAUUCUUGUUCUGCUCCCACAACACAAGGAAACAAUCAGAUGCUCGUGUGCUGCAUCAAGGAUUUAAAUUCACAACCAAGCAACACUACAGAUGACGAAUUCCUGUCUCCGCAAGAUGGUGAUCUUGUGAUUAUGUAUGACGUGAUAAGAUCAUACGAGUCAAACUACUGGGCCCAGGUUUCAAUUUCAAACCACAAUCCUUUUGGGAGACUUGAUAAUUGGAAACUAAGCUGGGAUUGGAUGAGAGAAGAGUUCAUAUACUCCAUGCGAGGAGCUUAUCCAUCCGCACUUGAAGUUUCGGAGUGUGUGUUUGGAAGCCAAGGUCAGCAUUACAGAGACCUUGACUUCUCUGAAGUUUUGACUUGUGCGAGAAGGCCAACCAUCAUUGACUUACCUCCAACAAAGGCAAACGAUACAGACCUCGGAAGAAUCCCAUUCUGUUGCAGAGACGGCAUGAUUUUACCUCCUUCAGUGGAUCCAAACAAGGCUAUGUCAGUUUUUCAAAUGCAAGUUUACAAGAUGCCACCGGACUUGAACAGGACAGAACUAAAGCCGCCACAGAACUGGAUGAUCAAUGGAACAAUGGGUUCGAAUUACCAAUGUGGAGCUCCAAUUAGAGUUAGCCCGACCCAGUUCCCUGACCCAAAUGGGGUGGCUUCAGGAUCCUCUGCCAUUGCUAGUUGGCAAGUAAUCUGUAACAUAACUCGAUCGAUCCCAAGAUGUUGUGUGUCAUUCUCCGCAUUUUACAAUGACUCUGCUGUGCCUUGUAGCACGUGUGCUUGUGGGUGUAACAGUGUAAGCCAAACAUGUAGUGCUAAUGAACCUGCUCUGCUUUUGAGACCUAAAGAUCUUAUAGUUCCAUUUGAGAACAGGACUGAAGUAGCAUUGGCAUGGGCUCGUUUGAAAGGCCGUUCCGUGCCAAACCCACUUCCUUGUGGAGAUAAUUGUGGAGUCAGCAUCAACUGGCACUUACUUGAAGACUACAGAGGUGGUUGGCAAGUCAGAAUGUCUCUUUUCAGAUGGGGUGAAACAGAUGUUAUGGAUUGGUUUGCAGCAGUUCAACUGGAGAAAGCAGGGGCAGGGCUUGAACGAGUGUAUUCUUUCAAUGCAAGUUUCUUGCCUGGUUCGAACAAUACCAUAGUUAUGCAAGGCUUGCCUGGACAGAAUUAUCUUCUUGCACAAACCGAUGAUUAUUUCAAAACAAGAGAUCCUCAGGUUCCGAGAUCGCAGCAAUCGGUGAUCUUGUUCAGUAAAAAGAUGACUCCAGACAUUGAUGUGGCAGGAGGGGAUGGAUUCCCGUCCAAAGUUAUAUUCAAUGGUGAAGAGUGUGCCCUUCCAGCAAUAUUCCCAAGUGAUGGCUGGAGAGUGACUGCAGCAUUCAUAAGAACAAUAUUGCUUCUCCUCUUGCUUUCUUGUUUCAUGUCGGAAUGUGUUGAUUCAUACUAUGUCUAUUCUAUGGGCCUUGUGUUUGAGAAAGAGCCAGAAGAUUAUGGGCCCCGAGGCAGGCCUGUGUGGAGGAUGGGCUUUCUCUAUAUUUCCCGGGCAAGAAAAAAAAAAGAAUAAUAAUAUAUAGUCCAAAUUAUUGUUAUGAAUCGUCCAAGCCCCACAAAUUGGAGAUAUAUUAAAUGUCCCGUAGGACACUCUUUGUAAUCUCUAUAGUCACAGACAGAGCCUAGAGGGUCGAGCAUUCAUUGUUGUUAUUUAAGGCAUACUGUAUGCUGUCACUUUUAUUUUUUUUCCUCCAUCAUUUCAUUCAUUAAUUAAUUUAAGGCCACCUAGUUUUUUUGACCA